AUGAAGUUACAAAGUGCGCCGCUACUUUUUCAUGCUUUUUCUAGUUUAGCUCUCGGGAACUCGCUCACAAGGUCCCAGGAAUUUCACUCCAUAAAAAGAGAUAAUAGCAAAAAUACAGGUUCUAUGCUUCAACUAAGCUCCGAUGAGGACUUCCACUUCGGAAUUCUUCGAGUAUUGGGACUCGCACCGUACCAGGGUAGCGACAUAGGAGAGGUAUUGGUCGCCGCGAACCAGAUCGCUCCAGGCGACUUCGAAAGCUACUAUACCGCAUUCAACGACCUCGGCAACCGAGUUCACGACGCCGCGAGCGCGAUAGACAGUAAAGUCCAUCCCGUAUCAGCCAGGAACGCGCUCUUUCGAGAAGCGACCUACUACCGCUCCGCUGACUUCUACCUCCACGGCAACUGGAACGACUCCCGAAUCUACUCGCUGUGGGCAAAGCAGCUCUCAGCCUUCGACAAGGCGAUAGCGUUGCUACCGACGCCCGGCGAGCGCGUCACGCUCCAAGGCAAGGGCUUCAUAAUCCCAGCUAUCUUCUUCGGCAGCGGUCUACCAGGCCCACGCCCCACCAUGCUCAUGUGCAACGGCUUCGACGGGGCGCAGGAAGAGAUGUAUCACGCGAUAGGCGAGGCGGUCGUGCAGCGCGGCAUGAACGUGAUCACGUUCGAAGGUCCCGGUCAGCCCACGGUGCGGCGGUACCAAGGGCUCGGUUUCAUUCCGGAGUGGGAGGAAGUCGUCACGCCCGUCGUAGACUACGCCUCGUCGCGGCCCGACGUCGAUGCUGAGAAGAUAGGGUUAUGGGGACAGUCGUUCGGCGGAUACCUAGCGCCGCGCGCGGCGGCGUUUGAGCACCGCCUCGCCGCGGUCGUCGCCUUCGACGGCAUCUACUCCUUCGCGCAGGGGAUCGCCGAUCAGUUCGGGCCGCAGCUAGAAGCCGUCUACCAAUCCGGCAACGAGACAUUGUUCAACGACAUCGUUUCCGAGGCCCUCGCCAACUCUUCCACCCCUACCAGCGCUCGUUGGGCUAUCCAGCAGGGCCUAUGGUCUUUCAACACCAUGAGCGCAUUCAUAUGGUAUGAGAAGGUGACACAAUACACCCUAGAUGGGAUUAUCCAGAACAUCACAGCUCCCGUUUUUGUUGGCGAUGCUCAGGCCGACAUGUUCUUUGCUGGUCAAGCGAAGAUACUGGCGGAAAAGCUGGGUGAUCGUGCUACCUAUCAUCUGUUCCACUCCAUCGACGGGGCUGGCGAACACUGCUCGCUUGGUGCGGCAGUGUUGAGCGCUCAAGUUGUUCUGGAUUGGUUCCAGAAAAUCAUCUCCUGA